AUGGCGUCGUUUUUUGAGUUCAACAAGUCCAAGUUGCUCGAGAUGAAAAUGAAAUUCAACAAUUACCCCAAGACUGAAAAAUCAGAUGAUCAACAACAGGCGCAGGCGUCCAACACCAGCAACCCUUUCAUCACGCCUGCAAGUGACCUCCCACCAGUGAUGUCCGAGUCUUGGGUUGAUAUUGCACCCAGUCGAACCAGUUUGUGCAGCAGUGUGGAGAUCUUAAUGGCCGAUGAAAAAGAUAAAGAUUCCCGUCUGAGCCCAAUUUCCAUACAAUCUCCACACGUUGAAUUUGAAAGUUUGGAACAGGUCAAGUACCGUCUUGUUCGCGAAAUGCUGCCACCUGGCAAAAACACAGAUUGGAUGUGGGACUGGAGCAGCAGGCCAGAAUACAUCCCACCAAAAACUUUACGAAUGAGACAAUAUGGCUCGAAUUUGACAACUCCACCAAACUCCCCUGAGCCAGAUCUUGCCAACAUGAGCCCAUUCGAGGAAUCAAUUUUCAGCGUGCGCGCGGUCUUCGGAUUCCUUGUCUCAAACUUUUUCAGUUUCGUAAUUGGCGCAGCUGUCGGGUAA